AAAAAAUCCUGUCAGUAGUCAGUACUGUCGAGCACAAAACAUAUACACCGUCAAAUUAGUUCACUUUAGCAGUUAAAAAUAACGUGACGGACGACUUAACUGUUCGUUAUUUUUGCUGUACUAAAAACUCUAUAAUCAGGCCGAAAAGAUAUCACAAUCACAGUGAAAAAUCGAUAAUUGAUAAAUCACUGUGAUCCGAGCAGUUCUUGCGCUUUUUGUUCUAUGUGAAGUCAAAACAAGAAGCAGUCCAGUCAACCAGUGUAUAAUGUAUAUGAUGUUUUGUGAGUGAAAGUCAAAUUUGCGAUCAUCAUUAAAACAUCGAAGAGCUGACGUCAGUUUAAAAAAUCUUUCUCGAAAUAAUUAUCUUCAAACAAUUAUUUUCCUCAUAAUGUUCUAAUAAGCUCCCGCGCAAAUCACCGUUCAUUCAAUCAAAAUUCAUAGUUUUAUCAUCAUUUGUAUUGAGGUUAUGUGCUAGUGCUUGAUCUCAAAUCGAAAAUUUAAAAGUCAUGUCAGAUUUAGGUGAAUGGUUCAGGAGUGUUCCCUUUUUCACCAGAUACUGGUUCGCCGGAUCAGUGGUUCUGCCUCUCUGUGGGAGAUUUGGAUUCGUCAAUCCCAGGAAUCUGAUACUUGACUACGAAGCCCUGAAAGCCUUCCAGAUAUGGAGACCUAUCACAUCCCUGCUAUACUACCCUAUUUCACCUAUGACUGGCUUUCACUAUCUCAUAAAUUUAUAUUUUCUCUACAAUUAUUCUCGACGACUUGAGGAAGGAGCAUAUGCUGGAAAACCUGCUGAUUACUUAUUCAUGUUGCUGUUCAACUGGAGCUGCUGUAUCGUUCUAGGAAUAGCGGCUGAUAUCCCUUUACUGAUGGACCCAAUGGUACUAUCAGUUCUGUAUGUAUGGUGCCAGCUGAACAAGGAUGUGAUAGUGAGCUUCUGGUUUGGAACUCGCUUUAAGGCAGUCUACCUACCAUGGGUCCUACUAGCAUUUAACUUGGUACUAAAUGGUGGAGGUGUCAUGGAGUUCUUUGGCAUCCUUGUUGGCCAUUUGUAUUUCUUCUUGAUGUUCAAAUACCCACAAGAAUUUGGAGGCGCCACUUUGCUGAGGACACCAGCUUUCCUCAAGAGGUGGUUCCCAGAUCAACUUGGCGGUGUACAUGGUUUUGGAACUGCUCCACCAAGAACUGCAGCUGCUGGCUCACCAGGUGCAGGCGGGAUAUUCAGGGGCGGCCAUAGUUGGGGCAGGGGCUACACAUUGGGCGGUAACUGAAAAUGAUGUUGAGAAAACACUGUUAGUGUUAUCACUGUUUAACAUAUUCUAACUGAAGAUAACCAACCUAAUACUAGAUUCGCGCGUCCAAAAAAUUAUCAGAGAUGAAAUGAGAUACUGUAGAGACCGUACUAUGAGAAUUUCCUACAGCUAUGCUUUUCCUCUCCACAUUAAUUAGAAAUCUACUUUGAAAAGGUUAGCCAACUAUAUAUGAAACACUAACCUUUUCAAAGCAGAUUUAUAAUUAUUGCGGAGAGGAGAAACAUAGCUGUGAGAAAUUGUCAUAAAUGACACUACAGUAUCUCGUUUCAUCUCGGAUAAUUUUUCGGACGCGCGAAUCUAGCAUAAGGUUGGAUAUCUUCAGGUAGAAUACGUUGAUCAACGGUGUUAUAUAAUUAGGGUUAUUGCAACACGUAUGUUGUAUGUUGACAUCUGAGGUGAGGAAGUUGUUGCCUCAAGUUUCUGUCAUUUCUAACAAGCUAACUUGCAUGAUUUUCUUAUAAUGGAACUGGUAACCUUUGUUUUCUUAGCCAUGCGAAGAGACACAUUGGUCCUUUUUGAAACCAUAUUUUUUGUUAGACAGUACAGUAUGUUACGUGGAAUAUUACAUAACGCAAGAAUCACAAGAGGUGUAAAUAGCAACACUGGCUUGGAGCUGGCCGCUCAGCAGUCUGUGAUUUGUUAAAACAGUAGACAGGAGAAUUAGUUACGGGGUGAGGUGAGCAGCAACGGGUCACUGUUACCAUUCACAUUCUUUAUUAUGCUUGAGUCUUAUGUUAGCGUUGGUCAGCAUCUUCUACCUGAUACAGUAUUUCGGCGUCCAAAAAAUUAUAACAGCUGUGUUUCUCCUCUCCACAAUAAUACGAAAUCCACUUUGAAAAUGGUAGUGUCUCACAGAUGGCGUUGUAGAGAACUACAUAUAUGAGUAGUAGUAGUACUAGAUUUCUAAUUAUUGCAGAUAAGGAGAAACAGCUUUGACAAAUUCUCAGGGAUGCUGUCAUGAUACCUCAUUUCAUAUAUGGUAUUGCUGUAAAAUGUAAAUUUCUCAAAUGAUUUUUUUUAUAUAUUCCACAGAAGUUGCUUAAUUUCAAUCUGACUUUCUCCCUCUGAUGUCGAGAACACCACUUUCCAUUACUCCAUAUCUGCUGCACUAACCUAACCUAUUUUAUCCUUACAUGUAAAUUUGUGUUUUUUUUACUUUAGUUUGUGAAUUAGAUAUUUAUUAAACGGACCAAAAAUGUUGAUAUAUCAUAAGUCGGUUUUGUACACCUUUGUAUUUUUGAUGAUUUUUAGAUCCGAUUAUUUGGAAUGGGAUGUGAAAUCCAUUUAACAUUAACUUUUCUAAUUUACAAAAAUUUGUAUAAUGAAAGUAUUGUUUCCGUUAAUAAAAUCCACUUAUUAA